CAAUUGCUUCGAUUCUUAGCAGAAGAUACGUCCGCGAUGAUCAUUUCACUUAUCCCGUGGCCUUGCUACACUGGUUGAGACCAUCAUCAGGUGCUCAAUAUGCAUGAACCAAACAGUUCAUUUCGGCAUGAACAUUCAACAGACACGAAGUGUCACCCGCGCGGAGCUCUUCUCCGGCGAUGAAAUCCCCAAACCAAACCCCGAUGUCUCCGACAUCGAGCUCGAAGAUGCUGUAUUAACCCGUCGCAUCGACUUCGAAGAAUUUCGACCACCCACCUCAUCCAACCUUGGCGAGGAUGCCCAACUCCCAGAACCCGACGCCGACGAGUUCGAAUUCCGUCUCUUUGCACCACAGAAGCCCAAAGAAACGUCUUCGGGACUCCAGUCCUCGGGCCCGUCUGCUUCGAAAAUCCGGAUCGCGUCCCCGGAACCCCUAGCAGGCGACGGGGCCAUUCUAACAGCACGAGACCAAUCGCACUACUUCACCUCCCCGCCGACACCACAGCGCAAAGCUGAAUUGCGAAGCGCUGCGGUGACAGGGGAUGUCGUCCGGGAGUGGGCGCAGGAGCGGUGGCCGGGGUCGGAGCUCUCGUGGCGGGUUGAGAAACUCGUCGUGGGGAAGGGAACAUUGAAGCGAAUGGCUCGGUCUGAGGCGCAUGGUGCUUGGGAUAUUAGUCAAGUUGCACCCGACGCGAUCAAGGGCGGGAAGGGCGAAUCAACCGAAGUGCCUCCUGCGAGCGACUUUACACCCUAUCACAAGCGACCGGGGAAGAAGAAGCGGAUCAAGAUCCGCAUGCGGAUUCGUGCUGCGGAAGUGGGGAAAGAGGAGAAGGCGAAGAAAGACGAGGAGGAGCGGGAGAAGAAGACGAGGAGGAAUCGGGAGAAGAAGGUGAAGAAAAAGAUGAGGGACAAGCUGAAGAAGACACAGGAAGGGGAAGCGGAAGGAGAAGGUGGAGAGGAAGCGAAUGGAGGGGGAGAAGACGAUGUCAUGGAAGAAACGUAACGUAUACAGUGGCUGGUCAAUAUCCGUCUGUGAACCUUCAUUCAGCAAGGAGUCCAAGUCCAUGUCAUUAACUAUUUGAAUGCUGUGCUUGGAGAUUCUAGUAGUUGGGGAUUGGGAACAUCCGCCUAACAAAAUGCUGGAGUCCUCGUUGAUCAAUACGCAUCCCAUCCAUCCUAACGUUUCCGUGUCGGUGAUAUGGACGCUGAAGCCGACCACUGCCGUACCGGGGCGCGGUCUAUCGAUAGUAUGGUUCUAGGCCUACGGCCUGGUGCCCUGAAGUGCUAGUUACGCAACUAGGCUAGCUGUCAACGUCUUGAACUGUUCAACAUCAUACACGUAUAAGUUACAUAGUUCUUCUUCUUUAGCUUUAUGAUAAAUGAAAGUGGUUCUCGCCAUC